UUUCAAAACGAUAUAAUAAACAAACAAGAAUGCAUUCAGUCUUAUCAGAAACCGAUUCAUCCUGCCAUUAAACCUUUAUUUGUUCAAUAACGAUAAUCAGCACCUCUUAUCGUAAUUAGUUGCAUUAUCUCCCUCCUCCUCCUCCCAUAAACCUUCUUGAGGUCAAUAAACUGAUAAACUGGGAAAACAAGUUUGGCUUUAUAUAGUCCUCCAUUAAAUAUUUUUUUCCUGCAGCCACGUAUUAUUUACGUUUCUGAGAACGUUGUCACCAUUAAACAGAAUAAAACUCUCAAACUACAGAACAAAACAAAAAAAUGAGGCUAGUGAUUUUAGAGAAUUCUAGUACAGUAGCCGAAUGGGCUGCCAUGUAUGUUAUGAAGAAAAUCAAUGAAUUCCAUCCAGGGCCAGAUAAAUAUUUUGUGUUAGGCCUGCCCACUGGAAGCACUCCAUAUGGCAUGUACCAAAAGCUCAUCGAGUUCCAUAAGGCCGGAAAAGUUUCAUUCAAAUAUGUUAAAACUUUUAAUAUGGAUGAAUAUGUAAAAUUGCCCAGAGAUCACCAGGAAAGCUAUCACUACUACAUGUGGAACAACUUCUUCAAACACAUCGACAUCGAACCGAAAAACGCCCAUUUACUAGACGGAAACGCACCGGAUCUAAUAGAGGAAUGUAACAAAUUUGAAGAAGAAAUAGCCGCGGCCGGAGGAAUCGACUUAUUUAUAGGGGGAAUCGGUCCCGACGGUCACAUAGCCUUUAACGAACCCGGUUCCUCUUUGGCUUCGAGGACUCGCGUUAAAACUUUGGCCCAGGACACUUUGGAGGCGAACGCCCGAUUCUUCGGCAACGAUAUCAAUAAAGUGCCGAAACAGGCUCUCACCGUCGGUGUGGGCACAGUAAUGGACGCCAGAGAAGUGAUGAUCCUAAUCACCGGGUCCCAUAAGGCGUUCGCCCUUUACAAAGCGAUCGAGGAGGGCGUGAAUCAUAUGUGGACCGUGUCGGCCUUUCAACAGCACCCCCAUACUUUGAUUAUUUGCGACGAGGAUGCCACUCUGGAGUUGAGAGUUAAGACUGUUAAAUAUUUUAAGGCUCUGAGUGAUGUUCACCAAAAACUUAUCGAGGAAGCCGAACCAUUGGAGAAAUACAGGACAAUCCAUUAAAAAUGACUAUCGCCCUUCUGAGUUGAUUGAUGCACCCAAUUACUUAUUAUGACAAGAAUAUAUUCUAUCAAAUGUUACUCAAUUUUCGUACUUUUAAUGUCCAUUCUUUAUUUUAAUAAAGCAUAUUUUUCGAA